GAAACUCCAGUAAUUCGGAACAGGCAGAGAACAGUAAACCAUGUCAGUAAUUACACAGCUAUUGGCGGACUCCGCCACUGUGUGUCUACUUUUCAUUACAACGUUAGUUGUCUUUUUCUACUUGUUUUUCAAACCCUCCAAAGCAUCUUCCUAUAAAUUUCCCCCCGGGCCACGACCCUGGCCGAUCAUCGGGAAUCUCAAUGUACUGGACUUUCUGAAAGCACAGGAAACUUUCUGUAAGCUGUCAGAGCAGUACGGCAAUGUGUUCACUUUCCACAUGGGCAGACGGAAGUUUGUAGUCCUGACUGGAUAUCAGACAGUGAAGGAAGCCUUGGUGGACCAGGCAGAUGACUUUGGAGGAAGGGGCCAAACACAUACCUCACAAUUAAUUUCAAAGGAAAAAGGUAUUGUAUUUGGACAGGGUGAGUCAUGGAAGACAAUGCGUCGGUUUACUCUCUCCACCUUGCGGGACUUUGGCAUGGGCAAGAGAACCAUUGAGGACAGGAUCAUGGAGGAGUCCAAAAUGCUGAUAGAAGUCUUUGAGUCCUACAAAGGUCAACCGUUUGAGCCUACUAUCCACAUCAACUCCGCAGUAUCCAACAUCAUAUGCACCAUUGUGUUUGGGGAUCGCUUCGAGUACAACAACCCCCAGUUUCUUCGGCUCCAGAAGCUUGUGAAUGAGAAUGUGAGGCUAAUAAUGUCCCCAAAAAUGCAGCUGUUCAACAUCUUCCCCUUUAUAGGGUAUUUUAUAAAGGAUUUUAAGAAAGUUUCAAGUAAUUCAAAUGAGACUCAGUCUUUCUUCAGGAAGCUGUAUAAGGAGCGCAAAAAUGCUGUUGACCCUAAUGACAUGAGGAGCUUCAUCGAUACCUUCAUAGUGAAGCAACACGAGGAGGAAGCUAAAAACUCCCAUACAUAUUUUGACGAGGACAACAUGAUAUUCACAUCAGCCAACUUGUUUGGAGCCGGAACAGAAACCACAUCCACCACCCUGCGCUGGGGCCUUCUGCUGAUGAUGAGGUACCCUCACAUUCAGGAGAAAGUGAAAGCAGAGAUUGAGAGAGUGAUUGGGAGAGAGCGCCCUCCAAGGUCUGAAGACCGGAAGAGCAUGCCCUACACUGACGCAGUGUUACAUGAAGUCCAGAGGUUCGGAAACGUGGUGCCCAUGAAUGUGCUGCACGAGACUACAGUGGACACCACCUUCAGGGGCUACAAGAUCCCGAAGGGCACCUCUGUCAUUCCGCUGCUCACUUCUGUGCUGUUCGACAAGACGCAGUGGGACACACCCUUUGAGUUCAACCCUGGCCACUUCCUGGAUGCUCAGGGAAAUUUCGUUAGGAAAGAAGCCUUCAUGCCCUUUUCAGCAGGUCGGAGGGUUUGUCUGGGCGAGACUCUGGCCAAGAUGGAGCUCUUCCUGUUCUUCACUGCCCUCCUCCAGAAGUUCACCUUCCAUCUGCCCCCUGGUAUCCGGCCUGAGGACCUGAAUAUGGAACCAGUCCCCGGUAUUACUGCAUCCCCACAUUCCUACAAGCUCUGUGCUGUCAGCCACUGAUGGUCAAGGCUUUCUUUCAGUCUGUGUCAGCCUCCUCUUCCACACUGAGGCCACAGCAGCCUGUUGUGUCUCAGUCUCGUCUCACUGAAAUGGGAUUUCAGAGUUUACACCUUGAGAUUUACACAGCUACUGAAGAUGUGGUUCAUAAGCAGCUCACAUGGUUCAUAAGCAGCUUUAAAAAGCUGUGGAGUCUUAGAAAAAAAAAACAGAAAAUAUGUGAUUAAUUAAACUUUUUAGUGGUAACUUGAAGUUAUUUCAUGGAAUUAAUGAAUCCAUAUUUUAUACAUUAACAUCUCUGACCAUUCCAGACUUGGAAAGAACUCAAAAUGGAUAAUUAAUCCAUCAUUAAAUUGUGGUUUCAAUCAAACAGUCAAGAACUAAGCUGGAAGAAAAAAAGAAGGCAUUGGAGUUUCAAGGAUCUGGAGAGGAAUGUAUCAGUAAAUUUGAGCAGUAAAUUAUAGGCCUGUGCUGUUAAAGGAUAGUUUCAAUAUAAACCAUUGCAGCCAUUUAAAGUGAAACAGACAUAUUUAAAUGCUCCUUCUUGAGAACGUAAUACUAGCUAGAGUAGUGGCAGUCAUUCCUGCUCCACAGGCCUCUUUAUUCGCUUCAGAGGAAAUAAGAAAUUAAACGUAGUUUACAAUUCUUGAUGAAUAGACAAGAGGAGGAAAACCAGACAACCUGGAAGACCUAUGAGUGAAUAUCAGUGAACAAGUACAAGUAAGGUCUUGAUAACUUGCAUGUCAGUAUAUCAGCAUGUACAAUGUAAUUGUGCUUCACAUUUGCAAUGUUAAAAUAUUUGAUAAGAAUUUAAAUAAAAUGGAACUAUUGACCUAAAUAUUACAACUUGAUGUGGACGAAACUUUAUUCAUACUUUCUCAUCUACUGAUUGUUGUUGUUCAUCGUAACUCCUUUACUGUGUUUAAAUUUAAAAUAAAAAUGUUGUUCUAAAUUCUCAA